CUGGAGUUGAGACGACGUCACUGUUUGUGCUAUUCCAGGAAAAAUGGCGGAGGCAGCGGCGGUCCCCCCGCAUCGGUUCUUCUGUCACUGUUGUAAGGGUGAAGUGAGCCCUAAACUCCCGGAAUAUAUCUGCCCAAGAUGUGACUCGGGAUUCAUCGAAGAAGUGACAGAAGAUUCCAGUUUUCUAGAAAAUGGUGCAAAUGGAUUAGACGACACAGCCACACAGUUUGCUGAGCUCUGGCGCCUGUUGUUUGUGGACAGGCCGUUCACAGUAGACCUCGACAGCCCAGACUCGGAACCCCGGGUGCCGGGUGGUGGCGGUGGCGCUGGAGGUCUGGGACUGGGUGGGGGGAGCUUCGGCGGCUCAGUCCCCGGGGGUCUGGGGGGUUCCCUGGGGAGCCCACUAGGGGCCGGCGCCGGCGCUGGCAGCGAGCACUGGGGCCUGGGUCGCCCUCCGCGUGUCCACACUCAGAGGCGGUACCGUUCCAGAGGGAGCAGUCGACCCGACCGGUCCCCAGCUGUGGAAGGAAUAGUACAGCAGUUUCUGGCUGGUCUCUUUGCCAACUCAGGAGUUCCAGGCUCCCAGCCUCUCCCAUGGAUGUUGCACUCAAAUCCUGGAGAUUAUGCCUGGGGACAGGGCGGACUGGAUGCAGUCAUCACACAGUUACUGGGCCAGUUUGAGAACACGGGCCCUCCUCCGGCGGAGAAGGAGAAGAUCUCGUCCCUCCCCACGGUCGUCAUCUCUCAGGAACAGGCCGACACUAAUAUGGAGUGUCCGGUGUGUAAGGAGGAUUACUCUGCUGGAGAGCCCGUCAGGCAGUUGCCUUGUAACCACUUCUUCCACAGUGACUGCAUCGUGCCCUGGCUGGAGCUGCAUGACACGUGUCCAGUGUGCAGGAAGUCCCUGAGUGGUGAAGACAGCUGCGCUCAGACGCCCACAGAACCCUCGUCCCACAGCACCGACCCACGCACACAGGAGAGAUGGUCUUUCUGAAGGACCAACACACACACACACACACACACACACAAUCCCUGUGACAGCAUCCUUCAGUACUGACCCUUUCCCACAGUAGUCAGUGUCUUUCUGGAAUCACACACACCACACACAUGCACCAUCCAUGGACACACCAUUGUCCCCGUAUUUCUGAAUUACUUACACACACAGCCCUCAACCUUUCCUCAACACUGACCAAUGCACACAGGAGAGAUUGCCUUUCUGAAGAAUACACACAAACACACACACACACACACACACACACACACACACACACACACACACACACACACAACCUCCACCUGCACCCAGGAACAUCCCUUGCACAGGAGACAGUUACUGUCUGAAUUACACCAACACGCACCAUACACACACACACACACACACACACACUCUUUUUGACUGUCUGCCUGUUUGGAUGUUUGCACCAGCCUCUCUCAUCCGUCAGUGUGUACAUACUACUGUGAAUCUCACAGACCAGCCCUCUGUCUCUUGCGCUCUCUCUCUCUCUCUCUCUCUCUUUCACACUGCUACUGUGCAGCGGGCAGCAGCGGGCAGUGAAACAGACGCAGCCCUGGUCUGACCUGGAAGUAAAUCAUAUCAGAGCUGGCCCUGGACCAACCUCUGCUGCUGCUGCUGCUGCUGCUGCUGCUGUGUGUGGCCAUUGGCGCUCCCUCGCUGUGUUACUCCAAACACGGGUCACAAUGCUCGUAUAGAGCACCUCCAUCCUCUCAGAGCAAUCAUGGGAUUUUACCUCCUUCCCCUCAUCCGUGCACUCAUUCUUUGCUUUCUCUCGCUCAGUUGCAAAGGGAUGCAAAGGUAACCUCAGUGCUUGCCAGAGUUCACGCCUCCAACAUACACCACUCUGCCUUCCUCCCUCCCUUCUUCUCGCUCACUCGUUCUUCUCCGUUUACCUCUGCCUGUCUUCCUCCCCUUCCCUCCAUCAUCAGCUCACUGGCAAUAGAGAUUGUUCCUCUAAACCACCCCUCUCCCCCCAAUGUCCAUUCACUGACCUGGAUCAGUUUUGUUGUCAUGCUUGUAACCGUGGUGAUCAAGAGUGGAGCGAGAUUGGCUGACUAGGGGUCAGUCAGUCAGUCUGGCAAGGCAGUAAACUGCACACUGUUGCUACGGCGAAAGAACUCCCUAGCCUCUCUGGAGUUGUGUACAGUUCAUUUUUCUUUUUUUCCUUUUUUAAGUUUUUUCUUUUUUAAAAAACAAACAUGGUAAUGCUGUAGAAACACAGGCAAUAUCUGACUUUAAGUGAAUAUCUGAGUUUCUUGUCUCAUGUUGUCCAUUUGCACUGUUAGACUCGGCCUCUUGCCCUCAUGGCGUCCUCUGUGUCGAUAGAUGCCCUCGCAGACGCCCCCGUCUCUCCUCGCCCGGUGUAUAUAUCACUCAGCACCUCAGUCAUAUGCUGCAUUGCAGACAACUUGGAUGUCGGAGGUCGGACUUCAAUUCCAAUUUUGACGUUGGGGUAGAUCAACUUACCCCGAGUUCAAAAGUGGGAACAACGACUUCAAGUCGUGUUCCGUUGUACUUUUUCCCAGUAGGAUGUCAGAAUUCUUGACUUCCGAGUUGUCUGGAAUGCAGCAUUAGUCUUCUUUCGUUCUCAUUUUCAUCACUCUAUUUUUUUAAUGUAAAUAAUUCUAGUUCAAAAAACCUGGACGCAAGGCUAACUAAGCAGUGAUUAUGGGGUGGGGGGGAAACAUGACGCCCUGAAUUGAAAAAAGUAUAUAUUAUAUAUAUAUGUGUAUGAUGUAAAAUUCUAAAAUGAAAUUCAAUAAAAAUGAGAAAAUGGUGUA